ACAUUAACUAAGAAGAGGCUAACAAAGUUCAAGAGAGGAUUAAGCAACAACAGGUAAAAGUGGGUGGGUAUUAGCCCACUAUGUAAGGCGGCGUCCACAAGAGAAAUGGGCGUGAGUCCUAAAGAAAAAGAGAGAGGGAUUUGCGUGUUCAUAGCCUACCAUCCUCUCAAAGCCCUGCGUGCUUGUGAGAUGGCUUGCUGGCUUUCCAGAGCAGCGAGUGAGAGAGUGGUUGAUCCAUGCCUCAACUCAAGUUUUUUAUACUUUUGGUGACAUUUUUUUAUUUUUUAUUUUUAUUUUUAAUUAAUUAUUUUUUGUUAU